UUUUUUGUUGGCUAUUUCUGUUUGAUUAUAGUCUGUCACAGUUCUACUUGGCAAAUACGCCAGGAACUCGACUUUCAUGGACUGUCAACCACCUAGCGCUAUGUCACAUGGCUGGAGAAGCAUUCUGGAAGGCAGGGAGGUGUUACGCAAAGGCUUAGGUUGGAUAGUAGGGGAUGGCGAACAGAUCUCAAUCUGGAAGGAACCAUGGCUCUCCUGCGCUACUCCGGAGACUCCUAUCGGACCAUACACUGAGGAAGCAGCGAGCUUAAAAGUCUGCGACCUCCUCUGCCCUCUUACUAAUGCAUGGGACACGAGUAAAAUCCGUUGUCAUCUUCUUCAGUAUGAGGACGCCAUCUUACAGAUAAUUACUAGCUCAACUCAAGUUAACGAUUCACUACAGUGGUUACCGGAGAAGACGGGAGUGUAUUCCACGAAGUCUGGCUACCGACUGGCUAAAAAGGAGGACCAGGACUCACCUCAUAGUGAUGUGAUAGGAUAGGAUAGGGAUGUGGCAUAGUGUUUCUCCUACAUUAGUGGGAAGUCUCAUGUUGUGUUUGUUGGCAGUUAUUUUCGUGAAUGUGUGUAUUUAAGAAACACUUGUCUUAGUGAAUGGAUAUGAAAAGAAAAUUGCAGUAAACUUUGUGUUCUUGUUCUCUCAAGUCUUUGGGACCUAUUAUGCCUCCAACUCUUGACUGGAUGAAACAUAUAUGGAGCAUCAAAACAAGUCCCAAGCUUAAAGAUUUCUUGUGGAAAGUGGCCAACAAAGCGAUCCCUGUGAGUAGAAACCUGGAAAGGCGUGGCUGCCCUGCUUUUAGGUGUAAGAAAUGUGGAGGAGAGGAAGACGACUUACAUACCUUCCUCCUAUGUCCUCUUGCAAAGACAGUAUGGGACCUCGCGCCCUUACUGGAGAGACCAGAAGAAUCUCUUACAUCUAUAGACACGCUCAUCUCUCUUGUUAAUAAGAGUAUUACUCUGCCCCCAGUGGGUCUUUAUGUUCCGUUGUGGCCUUGGAUUCUUUGGCAGCUGUGGAAAGCUCGUAACAAUUUAUUCUUUGAUAACAGGUCAAUCACUGGCGAGGAAGUCCUCCACAAAGCAAUCAAGGAUGCCAAAGAAUGGCAAGAUGCACAAACGGAAGGAGUUACGACCAAGCAACAGACUCCAAACCAGAGUACCCGAAGCGCUACGCCCCUGCAACUAUCUGGUACUAUUUGCCAUGUCGAUGCAGCAUGGAAACAAGAGACGAAGACUUGUGGUAUUGGAGGCGUGUUUACUGGAGCCUACAUCCCAUCCCCCCCGAUCAUCAGUUACUCUCGUCGGUUUAUUUCAUCAGCUUUGAUAGCUGAAGCCCUUGCGGUUCGUUCUGCAGUCAUGAUGGCUGCAUCGUCUAACAUUCAAUCCCUUACGGUACUGUCUGACUCACAGGUUCUCAUCUUAUUGUUGAAAGCCAAAGAUUCAAGACCAGCACUGCACGGAAUUAUGUCUGACAUCUAUCAUCUUUCCCGUUUGUUUAAGACUCUGUCUUUUUAUUUUAUCCCUCGUUUAGAAAAUAGGGAGGCCGAUCAUGUGGCAAAAUUGGCUCUCCUGUCUGCUACUGAACUUCCCAUGGGGGAGUAGAACUCUUUUAUUAUUAAUGCAACAAGUAGUUCGAUCAAAAAAAAAAUAGUCUGUCACAAGCUUCUAUUUUCUGAGUUGUAUGUUUAUGGAUGUCCCGAUGUUUUUAACAUUGUAUUUCGAUUCUACUGAAUACUAUUAUGAUUGGAUUAUUAUCAAACGAAAGUAAAACCAAUAAGUUAAUUCGAUUCGAUAUUGUUUUUGCAGACUCCACCAGUAUUCUUUGAAUAUAGAUUUGAACUCUUGAUCUGAAGAGGACGUUCGGAGUAAUAGGAUAAAGAUAUGUACAUUUACAUUUUAUCAUAGGAGAAAAAUCGAUGAUAAGCUCUUACAAUGACACAACUGCGUUUACAAUAGAGCAAUUUCAACACAUAUGUGGACGGAUACGUUACCAAUAUGUGGUUUUCUCGAUCAAUAAUUUUACCACAAUUUGGGAUCAAUCAAACCCAUCCAUUUCUGCACGAUCCUCUUCUUCUAAGGAAAGGUAUUGCAAGAACGUAUGGUCAUCUGCAGUGGAGAUUUUCUACUCGAAUCUAAGAAUUUAUUUAAUUAUCUCUCAAAUCUGAGAAUUUUAUUAAAUAUUUGAUAAGAAAAUUUCCAAUGCAGAUGAUCUAAUAAUUGACAA